GCGGAGAUCCCGCUCAUCGUGUGCAUCACGGAGGGUAUCCCGCAGCAGGACAUGGUGAAGGUCAAGCACGCGCUGCAGCGCCAGAGCAAGAGCCGCCUGAUCGGGCCGAACUGCCCCGGCAUCAUCAAGCCCGGGGAGUGCAAGAUGGGCAUCAUGCCCGGAUACAUCCACACGCCUGGGAAGAUCGGCGUGGUGAGCAG